UAGCAUCUAACAACUUUUAUACGUAGAAAAAUGAGUGCUUGUAAUAAUCUAUGAUUCUUUUUUUUUUUUUAAUUAAAACUACGGAGUAGUACUUUGUGUAUACAAAAUAGUGACAAAAAAAAAUAAAAUAAUAUAUUACAGUCAUUAAAAAAAUACGGAGUAAUAAAUUCCACUCUUUCUCUCUCCAUUUAUGUCUCUCCAUCAUCCAUAUUCCCCUGACAAUCUCUCUCUAAUUUCUCUCUCUACAAUUUUCGCUCUUUCAUUCAAUUUUCAAAGUUUCUCAUAAAAAUAUAAAAAAUCAAAAAGUAAAAAUUAUUCAUUUUCUCAAAUAGAAUCUAUCAACCCCAUGUCUUACGCUCACUUAUCCUUCCUAAAAAUUUUACUGUAUUAAAAUCAUCAAAUUCCAAAAAUAGGAAAUUUGAAAAAAAAAAAACCAUUACUUUUUUUUUAAAAGCAAAACCGGAAAUUCUACCGGAAAACCGCUCUCAUUGAGCCUGAAAACCGCUUUUCUACCCAGAAAACGGAAUCCCUUUACAAUUUGAAACCAUUUUCUGGGUUUCUGCGUAAUCUGUUUGAUAAUUUAGAGUUAUUUUGAUCUGGGGUUUCUAGAAAAUUCUAGAAAGUAGUGGAUGCUAAGGUUAAAUGGUGGAGGAAAGAGGGGAUGAUAAGGUGAGAUGGGGUACAUGGGAAGAAUUGAUCUUAGGUGGGGCUGUUCUUAGACAUGGUUCUCACAAUUGGGAUGCUGUUGCUUCGGAGCUCCAAACCCGUUCUCUUUACCCUUACUUUUUUACUCCUAGGGUGUGCAAAGCUAAAUUUAAGGUGCUGCAAGAGUGUUAUUCUGACUGUUCUGCUUGGUUUGAAGAGUUGCGGAAAAAGCGUGUAAAUGAAUUACGUAGAGAGUUGGAGAAAUCAGAGGAAUCAAUUGGCUCUUUAGAAACAAAACUUGAAACUUUGAAAUCUGAGAAAGCAGUGUGUAGUUAUGCUGAUCUUGGCUGUAGUGCAGCUGAGUCUUUGGAACCUUUAGUCAAAUCAGGAGAAAAUGAAUCAUCUGGUAAAGACGUAUCCCGGGAUGGGUCAUCUGCUGGUAGUUUCACUCAGGAAACCCGGGAAAAUUCGAUACCACAGUGCCAAGCUGCUGCUACUGAAGCAUCAGUAGAGAAGAGAGAGAGAAAGCCUGUGGUUUUGGAGCCAUGUAUAAGGUUAGAGAAGUUUCCUGGUAUAGACAAAAUAGCGGAAACCAUGCUCUUGGAGCAUGGAGUACACAUCAAGAAGAAAAGAGGGAAGAGGAGAAGAAAGGAGAUGAACAAGGACGGAAAGGGUGGAAGUGUUGGAGAAAAUAACUUGAGGUGUUCACCUGAUAUAAUGAUAACUGUAGCUAACGAAAAAGUGACAAAAGGCAAUGUCCAGCCUGUAAUAGCUCCCGAUGCAAAUGUUCAGAAUCCAUGUACGAGUGAGCAGGGAAUGGAUGAAUUUGUAAAGAUCUUAGAUUCUAUAAUGGAGAAUGAACAUGCCUCUGUGUUCAGGCGCCGACUAGAUAGCCAGAAGAGAGCUAGAUAUAAGAGGAUCAUACGACAGCACAUGGAUCUUGACACAAUCAGAUCAAGAAUCGCCAACAAAAGCAUCACAUCAAUAAUUGAACUUCUGCGGGACUUGUUGCUUCUUGCCAACAACGCUCUAGUUUUCUACUCCAAGUGUACAAGAGAAUACAAAUGUGCAUUAGUAUUUAGAGACCUAGUUACUAAGACGUUACAUCAACAUUAUAAAGUGACCGGCAACAAGUUUGGUGCUGCAGAAACUCCGAAUACACCAAUGCACAAACCAACAGCAAAACCAAGAAGUGCUCGGCCCUUCAACAGCAAGAUUUUGAACCAGCCAGUGAUUGCGGUAAAUAAUGCUCAGGGUACGUCUAUUGUUGUUGCUCGCAAAGUGUCUGGUCAACCUCCUGGCAUUGUGGGUUCACCAUCCUCUGCAGAAUCAGCUGCUUUAACAAAGAAAAUUCAGGGAAAGCGAGGGAAAGUUGGGCGUGUUAGACGGGGUAAUGCUGGUAUACAAGCUGAAACUCCCAUGAAGGUGAGAAAGAGAGCUAGAGUCAAGUAGACGGGCUAGAAAGUAUGUAGGAACAUAGCUUUUUUUUUCUUCUCGCCCUCCUAACUUCCCCUAUCCUCUGUGCUCAGUGUUAGUUCUCACCUUAACUCAACUUUUGUUGCAAACGAUCCCUCCUUUUGUAGUUGUAAACGACUAACUAACCAAAAGAUGUACAGCCUUAUGAUAAGAGCAAUAGUUAUGGUAGAUUCAUUGUGUUUCUCCUUUUA